GUUUGAACCAACCCAUCUACGUUGCACUCACUUAUAGGCAAUUUUGUUGCCAGGAUUUUUCCAAAUGGAGUCCCUCAUUCCAGUUAUCAACAAAUUACAAGAUGUGUUUAACACCGUGGGCACGGAGACCAUACAUCUACCUCAGAUAGCUGUCCUAGGAACACAAAGCUCCGGUAAAAGUUCAGUUCUUGAGAACCUGGUCGGUCGAGACUUUUUGCCUCGAGGUCCCGGAAUCGUGACGAGGCGGCCUCUUGUAUUGCAACUUGUAUAUGUGGAUGAGUCGGACACCAACACGCGAAUAGCUGAUGGGGAUGGAAGAUCACUUGAAUGGGCGCGGUUUCUUCAUCGCAAAGAUAUAUUCACUAAUUUCGAGGAUGUUCGGAAGGAAAUCAAAGAAGAAACAGAGCGUGCUGCAGGGUCUGGAAAGGGUAUUAGCAGUGAACCAAUCAACCUGAAAAUCUACAGUCCCAAAGUCCUGAAUCUCACUCUUGUUGACCUACCUGGAAUUACCAAAGUCCCGGUCGCGGAUCAGCCAGAGGAUAUUGAAACACUGAUCAAUCAGUUAUGUCUACAGUAUGUACAGAAUCCGAACUGUAUCAUUCUGGCUGUUACGCCGGCAAACACGGAUAUGGCGACCAGUGAAGGUUUGAAGUUGGCCAAAAUGGUGGAUCCAGAUGGUCGACGCACUUUAUGCAUUCUCACCAAGUUGGAUUUGAUGGAUCAAGGUACGGAUGCGCAUGAUUUACUGCUCGGACGAGUAGUCCCCGUGAAGCUGGGUAUCAUCGGCGUUGUCAACCGAUCUCAGGCCGAUAUCAAUUCCGGCAAGACCAUUGAAGAAGCCCUUCAGAACGAAGCCAGUUUCCUCCAGAGGCGGUACCCAUCGUUAGCCAGCCGCAAUGGUACCCCAUGUUUGGCGCGGACACUAAAUCGCCUGCUUAUGCAUCAUAUUCGAGAUUGCCUGCCGGAGUUGAAAACGCGCGUUAACGUAAUGGCGGCCCAAUUUCAAAACUUAUUGAACACGUUUGGUGAUGAGGUUGAAGACAAGGGCCAAUUGCUUCUACAGAUCAUCACCAAGUUCAACACUGCCUAUUGCAACACAAUCGAUGGCGUGGCCAAAGAUAUCGAAACCACUGAGCUUUGUGGGGGUGCUCGGAUAUGCUACAUUUUCCACGAGACAUUCUACCGGACGUUGAGCCGCAUUGAUCCUCUUGGGGGUCUGUCCACUCUGGACAUCCUCACAGCCAUCCGCAACGCCACCGGUCCACGACCAGCACUGUUUGUUCCUGAGGUCUCCUUCGAACUGUUGGUCAAACGCCAGAUUCGUCGACUUGAGGAACCCAGUCUGAGAUGUGUGGAACUGGUACAUGAAGAAAUGCAACGCAUCAUACAGCACUGUGGAGCUCAGCAGGAGCUCCUUCGAUUCCCAAAACUACAUGAGCGUAUUGUGGACGUGGUCACGUCUGUGUUACGCCAUCGCCUCCAACCGACCAAUCAAAUGGUGACCAAUCUGGUUUCCAUUGAACUGGCCUAUGUGAAUACAAGGCAUCCAGACUUCUCCGAGGUGCUUAGUUUACAUAGGCAACAGGCGCCCGGAUUGGACAACCUGGCCAUUGGAGACUCCAACCCAUUUUCUGGACCACUAAACCCUUCAGCACCUACCCCACGUCGACCAGUUGGAGCUAAUCCUCAAGCGGAUCUUAGCGCACUGUCCUCUCUCAACGGACCGCUUAGUGCGGAUACGCGGAUGAGUUCGCCAUCACGUGACGCAUCGGGAGAUGUCCAGAAGGGUUUGGUACUUACCCCAGAUAUUCAAACCGAAGUUCAGCAGCACAAACUAACCCCGAACGAGCGCCAUGACUGUGAAAUAAUUGGUCGUUUGAUUCGGUCGUACUUUUUGAUCGUGCGAAAGAACAUACAAGACACCGUCCCUAAGGCUAUCAUGCAUUUCUUGGUCAACUAUGUGAAGGACAACUUGCAAUCAGAACUGGUUAGUAAAUUGUAUCGACAGGAGGAGUACGAUACCCUACUCCAAGAAAGCGACCGAGUUGCCCAAAGACGUAGAGAAGCGGCGGAUAUGUUAAAGGCCUUGCAGAAAGCUAGCCAAAUCAUCGGCGAAAUACGGGAGACACACCUAUGGGCCAAUGCAACGCGUGUAUCCACAAUGAAAGACACCUAUUUGAGAGAUCGUCCGUGGUUCGAACGCGACUUCUUCAACUCGACUUCCUAUCUUGGCUUGGGCAGUAUCUCAGCCCUCGUGUUUCCUUUGGGUGGCAUAGCAGUUAGGCACCGAAAGCGUGCUACAGCUGAACUGUUACUGUUACAAACAGACUUAAGAGAGGUCGCAAACAAAACCCAACUCCAGAAUUUCUGUAGCACUUUUGCGGUGCUUAGCUGCCACGCCACCCGAAGGUUGCACGAAGGCUGGGAUACUGCCAGGUUGCCCAAGCUUAGACAGGGGAAGUUGAGAGGCAGAGGUCGAUUACACCCAUCCAGGAGGCGCGAAUUUACUGAUUGGAAGGUCCGUGGGUCGAACCCGACCUCUGCCACUCGACUUCCCCUGUCUAGGCUUGGGCAACCUGGCAGUAUCCCAGCCCUCGUGCUUCCUUCGUAUGGCAUGGCAGCUAAGCACCGAAAGGGUGCUACAGCUGAACGAUUCAGGAUACAGCGCUAUCCCAGCCCACGUACAACCAUGACACUGACACCUAACAAUACUCUCACGCCACAUCAGCCGUCGCGUGUUGCCACCAGCUGGGUCGCCUUGUUUGCUGCAUACAUGAGGGCGGAUAAGCGAAAAAGUGCUUCCGCUGACGCGACCCUUCUUAUACUUUCACGUUUGCGCUCUUCUAUCCUACCCCACACAGAUAUGAGUAGCCUCUCCGCAGGUCUCAGUAUUACGGUUGACCGCUUCGCAUGCCAUGCACCACACUCAACUGUAGCUUCUUCAGUAAUAAACCUAAACACUUCGAAGUCUGUUUUCAAACCCCGAAAGCCUGUAUACUUAGCCGACUUUAUUGUUCACACACUGAAACAAACAGAAUGA